GCUCUUCCCUUUCCUUUUCCCGUCGCGGGCUACCGAAGUAGGUUAGCCGGUGGGCUGCCGUGUCCCUUUAAGGAUGGAACGCGGAGUUCCCGUAGCGGCGGAGACAUUGUGACGUGAGUCGAGUGUUGAAACGUUCUCAAAGUUGCGCCCACGGAAGAGGAGGAGGAAGAAGCAGCGAGAGCAGCAGCAGCGAGAGGGCUUCUUUUCACGGUGGCUCCUGCGGUGGGGUUUUGGGAGCCCCGUUCCCUCCUUCCCCCAGCUCCUCUGCCAGCCCUUUUAACCUUCAACCAUGUGGACCAGAGAAUGGACCCCGUGGAACACGAUGUGUUGUCCGCGCGGGAGCAGCUCUUUCACGAGAGAGUCCGGGAGUGCAUUAUCUGUGCUCUUCUCUUUGCCAGCCUGUACAUCCUGUGCUACUUCAUUUUAACCUGCUUCAAAAGGCACACAGAUUUCACCACAGUUGAUGAAGAUGCUGCUGUCAACAGGAUUGCGCUGUGCCUGUGCACCUUCACCUUGGCGGUGUCCCUAGGCGCUGUGCUCCUGCUGCCCUUCUCCAUCAUCAGCAACGAGGUGCUGCUCUCCUUCCCGCAGAACUACUACAUCCAGUGGCUGAACGGCUCCCUCAUCCAUGGCCUCUGGAACCUGGUCUUUCUCUUCUCCAACCUCUCGCUCGUCUUCCUCAUGCCCUUUGCCUACUUCUUCACCGAGUCUGAAGGGUUUGCAGGAUCAAAGAAGGGGAUCAUGGCCCGUGUGUACGAGACCUUCGUGGUCCUCCUGUUGCUGACACUCUUGAUCCUGGGAAUGGUCUGGGUCGCCUCGGCCAUUGUGGACAACGAUGCAGCCAGCAGAGAGUCUCUCUAUGACCUCUGGGAAUACUACCUCCCCUACCUCUACUCAUGCAUCUCCUUGUUUGGAGUGCUACUGCUCUUGUUGUGCACACCCUUCGGCCUGUCACGUAUGUUCACCGUCACAGGGACGCUGCUGGUGAAGCCCAGGCUCCUGGAGGAUUUAGAUGAGCAGCUCAACUGCACAGGGUUCGAGGAAGCCGCCAUUUCUCGCAAGAUCAGUUCGGGGAAAACCUUCUGCUGGCUCAAUUUUGAUAUGGAAGUGCUGAGACAACAAUAUCUCGCCAUUCACAUGAACAGGAUAACACUGGAAACCCGUCGCAAAGCUUCAGCUUGGCAAAGAAACCUGGGCUACCCGCUGGCCAUGUUGUCCUUGCUAUCUUUGACGGCCAUUUCUGUCCUUGUUGUCUGCUUCCACGUCUUGGAGCUGCUGCUGGAUGAUGCUGCAAUGCCACGAGGAAUCCAGGAUGCACCACUAGGAAAAGUGUCCUUCUCCAUCUUUGGCUCUUUUGGGGCAGCUUUGCAGGUGGUCCUCAUAUUCUAUCUCAUGGUCUCCUCUCUUGUGGGCUUCUACAGCUCCCCUCUGUUCACCAAACUGCUGCCUGAGAGACACGACACUGCCAUGACCAAGAUAAUUGGGAACUGUGUCUCCCUGUUAGUGCUGAGUUCAGCCCUCCCUGUUUUGUCCCGUACAUUGGGGAUAACGCGGUUCGACCUGCUGGGUGACUUCGGGAGGUUUAACUGGCUGGGGAACUUCUACAUUGUCUUUCUUUACAACAUGCUCUUUGCUGGCCUCACAACUCUUUGCCUGGUGAAGAAAUUUACUUGGGCUGUACAAGCUGAACUCAUUCAGGCCUUUGGCCUCCACAAGCUCCCUCUACCUGUGACACGGUCCCACGAGCCAAGCAAGCUCAGCUAGAGAGAGAUGUUGGCGCCUGGAUCAAAUUUGUCAAGGCAGCCUUGCCUACCCCCUGCUGCUGGGACAUCCUGCCCUUGACGUCUUGGUUGUGCUUGAGUUCUGAGACUCGCACUGUAGCUGAGGAGGGCAGGGAGCCCUCCAUGCUCUGCCUGAUUUGGACCAAGGACUGGACAGACGGAGGAGGGGAAAGUGACGUUAUGGCUUCUCUUCCUGUGUCCCAGAUGCCUGAGGCGACAGAAGGCUCAAAUCAUGAUCGAGACUCCACAAGUCUCCCCUAAGGCUCCUUUCCUGUCAGCUGGAGGAGCAUCUUGACGUUCAUGUGCAGACAGCAGAACUAAGAACGAAGGAGGAGUGUGUGGAGGACGAGCCCCCGGACUCUCACGGAGAAGUGGAGCAACUCUCUCGGAGAUGUACCUUGGGGCAUUUUACAGAGCAAUCCUUGGGUACAGGUGUUCAGGCAAAGUUCCUUGUGCCUCUCAUCCCAACAGGAUGCACCGAGGUUCUCUGCUCUUUCUUCCCCUCCAUGUUUACAGUAUCACAUUGCCUUAUAUCUCAUUCGCUACACAGCCCUCCUUUCCUUUACUAGAUCCGAGGGCCCAAACAAGCCAGGUUUAAGUUUUGAGCCAGUUCUGAGUAGUAGUUUGAACUCUGAUCCAUGUUUACAUACCUCACUCAAGUGCAAUAUAAGCCCACGCUAUUGGGCCAUAUUUCAUUGGCAUUCCUUUCAGCAGCUAUCUGUGUGUGUGUGUGCCUGUGUGUAUUGUUUUGAGGAUGUUUUUUAGUUGUGUGUUUAAAAUGUGUCAUGUGUUGUGUGUGCUUUCUCGCACAGUGAUGGGCAUCCUAGAAAGAGAGUCACAUCUAAUCUGUGUAUCCUUCCUGAGAGUUAAGGGUUGUUUUUCUUUUAAUUUCUUCCUAAAUGGUAGCUGUCGGGGGGGGGGGGGGGGUGGCCAGGUGGUACAGAGUGGAUUGCUUGCCACCAUGGCCUGCCUUUCAGUCUUCCAUUGUUCCAAGGAAAUGGUCAGGACUCACAGACCUCGAGACUGUGGGUGCACCGCAUGUGCUUUCCUCUCAGCCAUGCCCUCCUCCCGUGCGAGAGCACGCUGGUCCCCGCAAGGCGGAACUUCUCACCCACUUUGCUCCCCGUCCCUUUCAUACUCUGUCCGGAGCAGACAAAGGGCAACUGGUGCCCCCCCAGAUAUUGGUGGACACCUGACUCACAGCACCCCAACUGUUGGUCAUGCUGCCUAAGGCUGAUGGGAGUUGGAGUCCAGCAACAUCUGGAGAGCAACAGGUAGUCUCCCCUUCUAGAGCCUGUGGGUGAGCAGAGGAAACAAGGUGGAACGUGUAUCUGCGCGUGAUUCCGGUAUAUCAUCCUUGGAUGGAACAGAAUGCUUGGAAAUGUGGUUAGUCUGGGCGAAUGGUGGGAAGGGGGAGGGAGCCUCCCUGUUUGCCACGGCAGCUCCAGGUCUUUUCCCCUUUCCUGCCACUUUCCCUCAUCACAGCCAGUGAUCAUACACUCCUGUGCCAUCGUUGGUGUCAUGGACUGUGAGAAACAGGAAUCCUUCCUUUGGGCUUUUCUCAGUCCUCGAUACUGGGUGGAAUUCUUCCGCUCGCCUGAGCCUCUUGCACAGCCGUUGCAGAUCAAGAAUACGACGAGGGGGGUAGAGGCAGGGGGUGGGUGUCCGUUUGGCCAGUGCAGGUUGGGGUGCUUCUUCUGUACAUGAAAGAAUGUAAAUGGUUCGUUCUUUUCUUUGUGUGUUGUGGGGCUGGGCCGGACCGGACUGAAACAGCUCUCUCCAAAAUUGGAAGGCAUGCAUAAUUUAUCUUCUAGAUGUUUGUGUGCCAGGUGUGGGUAACUUGGAGAACUACAGAUUGCUGAGCUCUUAUUGCUCAGGGAUGGGAAACUUGUGGCCCUCCAGAUGUUUUGCCCUGGUGUCCCAUUAACCCACACGUGGAGCGCCACACGUUCUCCACCCAGUGGCAACUGCAUCCGCACAAACACCACAGGACUGAAAAGAAGUAAGUGUUCAGUUUCUGCAUCCUCGGCAUAGCCUAAACUUGGCUAGCAGGAGAGCUGUGCGGAAUAUUCAUUCUGCUGCAAGAACUUAUUGUGGCAUUGUAAGCCCAGCCGAGAGAGGACCAACCUCCAUGGAGGUCUGAACCCUGCCUGCAUUUUCUGCUUCACUGAAUGUCUGGUCUCAGUACUGUACUGUUAAUGGAUCUUCUGGGCAUAUUAGCAAUAAAUUGCCUGGUUUCUUUA